AUGGCGACUCCCGGCCCUGUGAUUCCGAAGGUCCCCUUUGAACCAUCGAAGCCUCCAGUGAUUGAGGGGCUUAGCCCCACUGUUUACAGGAAUCCAGAGAGUUUCAAGGAAAAGUUCCUUCGCAAGACCCGCGAGAACCCGGUGGUACCCAUAGGUUGCCUGGCCACGGCGGCCGCCCUCAGCUACGGCCUCUACUCUUUCCAUCGGGGCAACAGCCAGCGCUCUCAGCUCAUGAUGCGCACCCGGAUCGCCGCCCAGGGUUUCACGGUCGCAGCCAUCUUGCUGGGUCUAGCUGUCACCGCUAUGAAGUCUCGACCCUGAGCCCAGGGUCUGGCCUUGAAAGCUCCGCAGAAAUGAUUCCGAAACCCAGGAGCAACCACUGGCCCUAUCAUGGGACUUACUCCCUCCUCUCCUUUGAGAGGCCCAUGUGUCGUUGGGGGAGGAAGUGACCCUUUGUGUAACCGUGACGGAAAGUUUUUUCAAAAAUCCUAGAUUCUGUUGUUUGAAUGUUACAUACUUCUAUUUGUGCCGCAUCUCCCCUCCACUCCCCUGCUUAAUAAACUCUAAAAAUCCA